AUGUUACAAUCAAAAAGCCCGACAGAGGAGUGUGAUUUCUGUGGUCAGAAAGCGGUAACUUUCACGGCUGCGUGCGGCCACCACAAGGUUUGUGUCCGCUGUAAUGCGACGAAGAAGGCGACGUCCGCGUGCUCUGCUUGUCUCCGACCAGGCCGGUCGGAUGAAGACGACGAGAACUCCGAUCUGGAUGGUAACAAUGAAGAAUGGGAGGCACUGUUACAACCCACUAAAAUCAGAAAACCAUCUUGGCUUACCGCUCCGACACAACCCAAAAUAUCAAACAGGGUGUCCACAAACGUGCAGGUGAGACUACCGAUAUUUGAAACCAUGCCAAUUUUCUUACGACCGUCACAACCUUCCCAACUCACCCCAGAGAAUAACACAACCAAGUCCACAGAAGCUGGAAUCUCGGACAACAUCAGCCCUUUCGAGACAGAGACGGACAAAUCCAGCCCAACGCGGGUCCACCGUAAACCACGGCGACUCCAGGGACAAAUUGCUUCUCAGAUGCAUUUAAAGCCGGAGAAAAGCUUACUACAAAGCACGGAAACCCAUUUGGGUGUAAUUGACGAACUAGUUGUGCCAGUAGGUCUAGCGCGGGACUCUGAAUCCAGCCCAGGGGACGAGGGGCAAGGUGUCGCUAGCUGGGGCGCCAAGACACCCGGUGCUAUAAUGUACUCGGAGUUGCGCGGGCUCCCAAGCAUGUAUGACCGGCGACGACCGAGGGUACCGUGGGAGUUUCAAAGCUUUGCAAAUCUUGGCGAGAGGUGUACGAUGAUGUGGAGAGAGCAGACAGGCCAAAGUCCACCGAGAGAUCUUGACGAAAAUGAUCAGAUUGUCAUGGGACAAGGAGAUGUGACGCAGCCCGACGACUCGUCCGAUUGUGGGCUGGGCUACAUUGAACUCGAGCCGUCGGAAGACGGCACGAUUGACUACGAGGAUUCCCCCCUUUCAAGCUCGAUCUCAAUAUCCUCGAGGGAAAAUAACACAUCACCUUGUAAAGGCCAGCGAAUAACGUACGACAAUUCUUGGGUGGUCCCGGACGGAUCAUCCAUGAAGGAGCAAAAAAUUGAAGAUGACGACACCUAUAGUGACUUUGAUAGUGAGAUGGAAGGACCCGGCUUCGAGAGCGACGACGAGGCGGAGGACUGGGAGGGGGAUGAUGACUUCUGGGUCACCAGCGAUAGAAUCACAAGGAAGGGGUUUGUUGUCUAG